UUCACCGAACAUUUAUUGGUGGUCGUGAGAACCUAGUCAAAAUGACAGACUCUUAUAACCGCAUGUUAAAGUCUCAAGUCAGAGAAUGGAGCACGCCUUCAUCCCCAGUUACAUGGGCACCAGUUCGAGAAGAAUACAAUUGCGGGCCUCAAUACCCAGAUAACUGUCCUGCCGCAUACGACGGCCUUCAUCCAAAUGAACUUGGUGAGUAUCAAAUUGCUCGCGGAUUCAGCCGAGCACUGGUCAGUGGCCUAAGAAUCGGGAGAACGCCGCUCGAGAUUCCAGGGAACAUACCUUCAAGGUCACUGCCUACGCCAGGGAAUUUCCGAAUGUUCUCUUCUGAUCUUGGUGUUACGGCUACUUGGGAUAAAGUUUAUGGAGUCUACUCAUACGAUGUGGAGUACAUAAUCAAUGGUGGGGCUCCAUAUAACUUCUCUCCCGGAAGUGUCGCGUCCAAUAGGUGGGAUUCGAGAUGGGCUCUUGAUGGCUGGAAAUAUGAGGUUCGAAUUCGAUCGAGCGCAGGAAAUCGCAAAGGCGCAUGGACUGCGUGGUACUCUGCCAUAGCUCGCCCUCAUACAGCAUCGGCACCAACCAAUGUUGUCACCCGUCCUACUGCGAAUGGGAUAGACGUCACUUGGACGGCAUCUACAGGCUCGUACAGUGACACAGUAUCACAGUACAACGUCUAUUUCUGGGACCAGGACCAGCCUUGCUCGUUUCUUCUACUUGGAGGUUUCCUUCCCGGCGGCUCUGCAUCCCUUGUGGACCUUGUCCCCGGCCACAGGUAUCUCAUCGCCAUCGAAGCUUGGAAUGCCGUAGGUGCUGGUUUCCCACUUGUAGCCAGACGUGCAGUGCCUGGACGUGGUGGAUUGUACUGAUCCGAAGACGGUGUCAGUCUGUACAGAGACAGUGACUAGCUUCUCGGCGACGACUACCACCUUUACCCACUGCGAUGAGGUUACGGCUUGCGAUGCACAAGGAGCGACGAAGACAGUGACUGAGAAUUGUCAAUGCACAGCAUGUUCCGACGAUUCUGAUUACGAUCCAUUUUUCGUUUACGAAGACCAAGGACCGGUGUUCAGAGACCCGCCCACAUAUCCAUCUGACCUUAUCGUCGUGGUUGCCGGAACGACCAUAAUACCAGAAAGUCCUUCUGAACCAACUUCAGAACCACCUCAGCCGACUCAACCUACUACGCCAUUGUGUAUCGCAAGCAGCAGUAACCCGGUUCCAGGUGGAUUUCCGGUUUAUAACUAUGUUGCCUUCUUUCCGGCCUAUCGCGGAUCCGAAUAUUGGAUCUCCGCCAGACUUUUGCAGUAUCCCACGAGAUGAACCUGUGCUGGACUACUGUGACUUCAAGGGAAGGUUUGUAAAUCAAGGUCAGAAGUAUCGUGAAACAGGGUGUGCAUUGUCCGUUGAGAUUAAGGGUAGCGUCUACUCUGACUAUGAAAUUCCGAAGGAGGGUGAGGAGAAGGAUUUCUGCCGUUGCAAAGGGACCAAUUGGACUGGUCUGUUAAUUUUCAAAGCAUUGCCCUCGUUUUAAAUGUAUGAGUAGUUAAGAAAUAGAUUCGAAUAGUUGGAAGGGGGUUAAUGACAUAGGGUCAUGUAAAGGCUGAUUGAAUGCUC